AUAUGGAUAAUAAAGCAGAUAAACCUUUCUUUUCAGCUAACUUUCAAUGCUGGCAAAACCGUCCCUGAUAGCGGAAAGCAUUACUUUGCAGUUUACUUUAUCAAAGCCCCAGACGAGAAGAAAGCUCCACGAGCAACAUGGGCGGAUCACAAGGGCGAGCCAGAAGGAACGAAACGUCUUUACAUAGACUUCAAAAAAGAAGGCGAAGAAGAAAAGAAAGAGGAAAAGAAAGAGGAGAAGAAAGAGGAAGAAAAGAAGGAAGAAAAGAAGGAGGAGGAAAAGAAAGAGGAGAAAAAGGAAGAGGAGAAGAAGGAGGAGAAGAAGGAAGAAGAGAAGAAAGAGGAUAAGAAGGAUGAGGAAAAGAAGGAGGAGAAGAAGGAUGAGGAGAAGAAAGAGGUAAGCUCGAGUGGAGCUGUAUUACCUCAUCUCCCGGAAGAAGUUUAUAUUAACUCUGUUUCAGGAAGAGAAGAAGUAGACAUCUCCCACCUGAAGUUCUAA